CAUCGCCGAGUUGGAGGCGCCGCAAUCACUUGGAGCCUCUUAUAAGCGGGAAGAACAGAUCUCAUCAUCGGCCCAGAGUGGACUUGCAUCCUCGUUCCGUAUUUUCGACAUUGGGGGCUCUUUGCCACAGCCUCAACUACGUGGAAGAACCAUACAAGUCCCUUCGAAAAGAGAAGACACCAUCGGCCUAUAACACCUAGAUUAAUUCUGCUUUUAAAGAACGUCCUUAUCAUUGUCGUCCCCCAUCCGUCUCCCACUGCAGGCCUUUGCUCCGAUUUCAGUGAGGUGUUUGUGUGUUGCGCAACCAAAAAAAAAUGCCGGCCGCCGAGAGAACACCGCAGACGCUCUACGACAAGGUCUUCCAGGCCCACAUUGUCGACGAGAAGCUCGAUGGCACGAUCCUCCUCUACAUCGACCGCCACCUAGUCCAUGAGGUCACAUCACCAAAUGUUCCCACAACCUCCAGGAAAUCUCUCAAGGACAUUGCGAGCUUCAUCCAGGAAGAGGAUUCCCGGACACAAUGCGUAACCCUCGAGGAGAACGUCAAGAAGUUUGGCAUCACAUAUUUUGGACUCAGCGACAAGCGGCAGGGCAUUGUGCACGUUAUCGGCCCUGAGCAGGGCUUCACCCUCCCCGGCACCACCGUCGUGUGCGGCGACAGCCACACGUCGACCCAUGGCGCCUUCGGCGCGCUCGCCUUCGGCAUCGGCACCAGCGAGGUCGAGCACGUCCUCGCCACACAAUGCUUGAUCACCAAGCGCAGCAAGAACAUGAGGAUACAGAUUGACGGCGAGCUGGCCCCGGGUGUCAGCUCCAAGGACGUGAUCCUCCAUGCUAUCGGCAAGAUCGGCACCGCUGGCGGCACCGGCGCCGUCAUCGAGUACUGCGGUUCCGUCAUUCGCUCCCUCAGCAUGGAGGCCCGCAUGUCCAUCUGCAACAUGUCGAUCGAGGGCGGUGCGAGGGCUGGCAUGGUUGCCCCGGACGAGACCACCUUCGAGUACCUCAAGGGGAAGCCGCUGGCUCCCAAGUACGGGUCCGAAGAGUGGAACAAGGCGGUCGCCUAUUGGAAGUCGUUGCGGUCCGACCCCGAUGCCAAGUACGACAUCGACGUCUUCAUCGACGCCAAGGACAUCGUCCCAACCGUCACCUGGGGUACCAGCCCCGAAGACGUCGUCCCCAUCACCGGCGUCGUUCCCGACCCGGAGACCUUCCCUACCGAGGCUAAGAAGGCUGCCGGUCGCCGGAUGCUUGAAUACAUGGGUCUCGUUCCCGGGACUCCGAUGGAGGAGAUCGUGGUCGACAAGGUCUUUAUCGGCUCUUGCACCAACUCGAGAAUCGAGGAUCUCCGCGCCGCCGCCAUGGUCGUCAAGGGCAAGAAGGUCGCCUCCAACAUCAAGCGCGCCAUGAUCGUUCCGGGAUCCGGCCUGGUCAAGGAGCAAGCCGAGCGGGAGGGCCUCGACAAGAUCUUCCUCGAUGCCGGGUUUGAGUGGCGCGAGGCCGGCUGCAGCAUGUGCCUGGGCAUGAACCCCGACAUCCUCUCCCCCAAGGAGCGGUGCGCCAGCACCAGCAACCGCAACUUUGAGGGCCGCCAGGGCGCCCAGGGCCGAACGCACCUCAUGUCCCCCGUCAUGGCUGCCGCCGCCGCCAUCGUGGGCAAGCUCGCCGACGUCCGGAAGAUCUCGCAGUUCAACGGCAGCCCGCACAUCGAGGCGGCCAUCGCCCCCGAACCCGCCACGUCCUCCGGCGCCUCGGCCUCCGCCGAGAAGGCCCACCCCGACGAGCGCAUCGAGACCGACGACGCCGAGAAGGAAGCCCUGGCCGACCAGCCCCAGGACUCGUCUCCGCAGGUCAACACCACCGUCGCCCACGCCGGGGGCGCUUCGGCCGCCGGUGGUCUCCCCAAGUUCACCGUCCUCAAGGGCAUCGCGGCGCCCAUGGAGAAGCCCAACAUCGAUACGGAUGCCAUCAUCCCCAAGCAGUUCCUCAAGACCAUCAAGCGGACCGGCCUCGGCAAAGCCCUCUUUUACGAGAUGCGCUACCUCGAGCCGGGCGUGGAGAACCCGGACUUUGUCCUCAACCGCGAGCCGUACCGCCGAACCAAGAUCAUCGUCUGCACGGGUGCCAACUUCGGCUGCGGCUCGUCGCGCGAGCACGCCCCCUGGGCGCUCAACGACUUUGGCGUCAAGUGCGUCAUCGCCCCGUCCUUUGCCGACAUCUUCUUCAACAACUCGUUCAAGAACGGCAUGCUGCCCAUCCCCAUCAAGAACCAGGACGACCUCGAAAAGGUGCACGCCGAGGCCGUGGCCGGCCGCGAGCUGGAGGUCGACCUCCCCAACCAGCUCAUCAAGGAUGCCCAAGGGAACACGCUGUGCUCGUUCGAGAUCGAGGAGUUCAGGAAGCACUGCCUGGUGAACGGCCUGGACGACAUCGGCCUCACGAUGCAGCUGGAGGAUAAGAUUGCCGAGUUCGAGAAGAAGAUGUCGCGCGAGACGCCGUGGCUGGAUGGGUCCGGGUACCUGAAGCGCAAGGGCGGGAAGCUGGCUGUCAAGGCGGCGCCUGUGCCCAAGACCAAUCGGGGGGAUGUCAAGACCGAGCCGCUGGAGUGGUGAGAAGGGGUCGUACAAACGAGCCGAGCGGUGGAUGUGUUAUGAUACCUGGGAUAAUGACGCUUGGUGUGUUGUGGUUUUGUGCGUCGAGUUUCCGUCUUGCUAAAAAUACAUUAGUCUUCUCACUCAUGCUUGGAGGGGGUGGUAUUUCUCGAUUGUAUUUUGUCUUGGCUUCAUCUUCGAAGCAGAAAAUGCUCUGUGCAUGACG